GGUUUCUCCAGAAAAUACCAAUACGUAAAUCUACUGAAGACCUGGAAGGAAGCUCAGAGUUACUGUAGAGAGAAUUUUGCUGACAUGGCGACCAUAGAGACUGUAGAGGAUGGGGCAAGUGUGAGAAAAAUAUUAUUACAAAGCACUUACACAUGGACAUGGAUAGGACUGUAUCUUGACUUAAGAGGCUGGAAGUGGUCUGACCAGAGUAAAGCUUCGUUCAGAAUGUGGAUGUCUGGCGAGCCCAAUGGUGGUGCAGGUGAACCUUGUGCUGUUGGUUCUGUGAAUGGGUGGAAUGAUGUUCGCUGUAUUGACAAACGUCCAUUCAUCUGUUCAGUUCCCAUCACCAGGCUGUUGAAGGUUGAACUGAAGUCUGACGGAUCUGUGGACCUGAAUGACCCCUCAGUGCAGGAAACUCUUCUGAACCAAAUGGCGAAACGUAUGAGGGACCAUGGGAUCAAUCAGCUGUUCAGACUCAGAUGGAGGACGCAACCAAAUGGAAAAGUCUUCAAUUUAAAGACAGGUUGAACCAUUACUGUAAAUGCAGUCAGUUUGUCCUCUCAUACAAACAACACAGUCUUUGCUUCAACUAUGGCAACUUUUUAUUUAACAAGUAGAUACACAGAGUUACAUAUUUAAAGAAUUUAAAUCUACACCAAUUAUGUAGUUUGUUUGUGUGUGUGUGUGUGUGUGUGUGUGU